CCUCGGGGCCGGUGCCGCGCGCCGCCUCUGUUAUCCCUCUCCGCCUCCCGCGCUCCGCCUGGGUCUCCGCGGCGUUUUCAGGAGUUUAGAGAAAGCCCCGGCUUUAAGUUCUCGUGGGUUCGAAACUUUAUCGAACUGCAGGGCGCAACAAAGGGUCAGAGAGCCCGGGCGUCUUGUAGCCGGAGCGAGGCCGGCGCAGCGGGCCGGACGCACUCCCGCCUUUCCGCGCACCCACUAUGUCUCUCUCUCCCCCUCUCCCCCUAGUUCUGGAAGUGAUGGAGGAGGUGGAGGCCGACUGCGCCCUAGCGUUCGCCGAGGCCCAGAGAUGGGUGGAGGCAGUGACAGAGAAGAAUUUUGAGACAAAGGAUUUUCGAGCCUCCCUGGAGAAUGGCGUUCUGUUGUGUGAUUUGAUUAAUAAGCUUAAACCCGGUGUCAUUAAGAAGAUCAAUAGACUGUCCACACCAAUAGCAGGUUUGGAUAAUAUAAACGUUUUUUUGAAAGCUUGUGAACAGAUUGGAUUGAAAGAAGCCCAGCUUUUCCAUCCUGGGGAUCUACAGGAUUUAUCAAAUCGAGUCACUGUCAAGCAAGAAGAGACUGAUAGGAGAGUGAAAAAUGUUUUGAUAACUUUGUACUGGCUGGGAAGAAAAGCACAAAGUAACCCCUACUAUAAUGGUCCAUAUCUUAAUUUGAAAGCGUUUGAGAAUCUUUUAGGACAAGCUCUGACUAAGGCACUUGAAGAGUCCAGCUUCCUGAAGAGGAGUGGCAGAGACAGUGGUUACGGUGAUAUCUGGUGUGCUGAGCGCGGAGAACUUCUUGCUCCUCCAGGCAACUAUAAGAGAGAAGAUUCAUUUGAAAGCUUGGACUCUUUGGGGUCUAGGUCAUUCACAAGCUGCUCCUCUGAUAUCACGUUGCGGGGGGCACGUGAAGGUUGUGAAAGUGACACAGAUUCUGAAUUUACAUUCAAAAUGCAGGACCAUAAUAAAGAUGAUAUGUCAUAUCGAAGGAUUUCGGCUAUUGAACCAAAGUCUGCUUUACCAUUCAAUCGCUUUUUACCCAACAAGAGUAGACAGCCAUCCUAUGUGCCGGCGCCCUUGAGGAAGAAAAGGCUGGACAAAAGUGAGGAUAACAGAAGAAGCUGGGCAAGCCCAGUCUACAUAGAAGCCGAUGGAACAUUUCCAAGCAGAGCAAAGCAUGAUUUUCCGAAUCCAGCUUCCUAUCAGAAGGAGGUGUAUGGUUCUGAAAGUGGAUCAGACUCAGAGGAGGAACGGAGGUUGCCGGAUUUAGUUUUGGAUGACUUAGCCAACCGUAGAUUCCAAAUGAAAAAGAGGCCCGAGGGGUUCAUCUCGAAAAGCAUCUCUCCUAAGUCUUGUUCACCAGUCUUCUCUACUGCUGACCCAUUAGCCACUGGGCUAUACAGAAUGACGAGUAACGAGAGGAGAACUUGGGGCCCAGACGUGGAGGACUGGCCAACAGUACAAGAAACUUCAGACCCCUCUUGUUAUUUGGAAGAGGCAGAAGAAAAGACAAGCGUACCCAACACUGUAAAGGAUGAUCUUUAUGUGCGAAAGCUAAGCCCAAUCAUGCCAAGCCCAGGGAAUGCUUUUGAUCAGUUUCUUCCCAAAUGCUGGAUCCCGGAAGAUGUGAACUGGAAACGAAUAAAAAGGGAAACUUAUAAACCAUGGUAUAAAGAAUUUCAGGGAUUCAGAAGGAAUUCAGACUCUGACGAUGAGGAUUCAGGCUCUGACAGAAGCUCUGCCAUUUUUAGUAGCAUACAAAAAGCGGAUCAUAGGCUAGACAGCAACUGUCAAAGGUGUUCACUCUUGCUGGAACUGGCUAAGCAAUGGGCCAGAAACUCCCGGGACACCCAUGCAGCCAGGAGAACUAGUGGUGCUUCGGAUGAGCCCAGUCAGUUUUUAUUACUUCAGGCCCUCCAGACAUAUUCUGAUGACGUCUUGUCUUCUGAAACAAAUAUCACAAUUGACCCCACUGCUGGGCCAAGGCUCAUAACACGCAGAAGGAACCUCUCUUAUACACCAGGAUAUAGACCAGAUGCCCUGGCGAUGCCAGCCCUGGAUCCUGACUUAGAGAACGAUGACUUCUUUGUCAGAAAGACUGGGGCUUUCCAUGCAAACCCAUAUGUUCUCCGGGCUUUCGAAGACUUAAGAAGGCUUUCUGGGCAAGGCGAUCCUGUAGAGCAAGAUAUAAUUCUGCAGUGUAGGGAAGGUGCACUUGUACUUCCAGACCUAGCAAAAGAUGAUAUGAUUGUCCGCCGCAUUCCAGCACAGAAGAAAGAGGUGCCUCUGUCGGGAGCCCCAGAUAGAUACCAGCCAGUCCCUUUCCCCGAACCCUGGACUCUUCCUCCGGAAAUUCAAGCAAAAUUUCUCUGUGUACUUGAAAGGACAUGCCCACCCAAAGAAAAAAGUAAUAGCUGUAGAGUGUUAGUUCCUUCCUGUAGGCUGAAGAAAGAUGACAUGUUGGCUCGUAAGAUCCAAUCUUGGAAGCUGGGAACUGCUGUGCCUCCGGUCAGUUUCACCCCUGGUCCCUGCAGCGAGGCCGACUUACAGAAGUGGGAGUCCAUCCGGGAGGCCAGCAGGCUUAGGCACAGGAAGCGGCUGAUGGUGGAGAGACUCUUUCAAAAGAUUUAUGGUGAGAACGGGAGCAAGUCCAUGAGUGAUGUCAGCGCAGAGGAUGCUCAGAACUUGCGUCAGCUGCGUUACGAGGAGAUGCAGAAAAUAAAGUCACAGUUAAAAGAACAAGAUCAGAAAUGGCAGGAUGACCUUGCAAAAUGGAAAGAUCGUCGGAAAAGCUACACUUCAGAUUUGCAGAAGAAAAAAGAAGAGAGGGAAGAGAUUGAGAAGCAGUCGCUUGAGAAGUCUGAGAGAAGAUCUAAGACAUUUAAUGAAAUGCUGCAGGACAGGGAAUCCCCAAAUCAGAUGUCUACAGUUACAUCGAGGAGGAGACUGUAUUCUUCUGAUGAUGGAGUGAAUGAAGAAAAGCAUCCCCCUAUGCUGACUAUGUCAGAAGCAAGUUCCCAGAAUGAGAGAGUAGAAGAGAAGGGAACCACUUAUCCGACGGAAAUUCCUAAGCAAGAUUCUACAACUUUUGCAAAGAGGGAGGCUACUAUCACAGCUGAAGUUCAGCUUCCUUCGAAAAGCCCCAUGGAAGAACAACGCCCAAUCUCCUUGUCUUCUCAGCAUUCACUGAAUACACAAAUGGAGUUGACUCGAGUUUCAGCUACUCUCCCCAGAAGUUACCAGAAAACUGAUGCGGCCAGGUUAACGUCUGUGGUCACACCAAGACCUUUUGGAACUCAGUCAAGGGGAAUCUCCUCACUCCCGAGAUCCUACACGAUGGAUGAUGCUUGGAAGUAUAAUGGAGACGUAGAAGGCAUUAAGCGAACCCAAAGCAGUUCAGUCAGCAUCUCUGUGCAAAGACCUGACACGAGCCAGCUUGAGUCCAGGUCAUCCAGCGAAAGAGAGGCAGCAGCAUCCAGAGAAAGUGUGAUGAGGCUGCUCUCUCCUACACCCGCCUUCUCAUCUCCUUCCCAGGGCCAGGCUGCCACUUCAAAAGACACAUUAUCUUCCACAUCUAGCCCUGAUUUGACGUCUGAGCUUGGAGAAGGGAGAAGCUCACCACAGACAGAGGUCUCCAGAUCACAGGAUCAGUUCAGUGAUAUGAGAAUCAGCAUAAACCAGACGCCUGGGAACAGCCUUGACUUUGGAUUUACAGUAAAAUGGGAUUUUUCCAGGAUCUUCGUAGCAUCAAUCGAAGCAGGUAGCCCAGCAGAAUUUUCUCAGCUACAGGUAGAUGAUGAAAUUAUUGCUAUCAACAACACUAAGUUUUCAUACAAGGACACAAAAGAGUGGGAGGAAACCAUGGCUAAUGCUCAGGAAACUGGAAACCUAGUAAUGGAUAUCAGGCGCUAUGGAAAGUCUGACUGGGGCAAAGACCAGCCUUCCCUGCCAUUUACACGGCAUAAAACCCUCAAUCUCACCAGUAUGGCUACCAAAAUUAUAGGUUCACCUGAAACAAAGUGGAUUGAUGCAACUUCUGGAAUUUACAGCUCAGACAAAUCUUCAAAUCUAUCAAUAACAGCUGAUUUCGCAGAAAGCCUUCAGAAUUCUAAUACUGAAUCAAAGGAAAUUAAUGGAAUUCGUGAUGAAAGCAAUACUUUUGAAUCAAAAGCCUCUGAACCUAUUUCUUUGAAAAACUUAAAAAGGCGAUCACAAUUUUUUGAACAAGGGUCAUCAGGCUUUUCUUACAGUUCAUGGGUCUACCUCUGUGGGAGUUCCGAUUCUGUGGUGCCUGAUCUUCCAGUCCCGACCAUCAGUGCCCCGAGUCGCUGGGCAUGGGACCAGGAAGGGGAGCGGAAGCGGCAGGAGAGGUGGCAAAAAGAGCAGGACCGCCUGCUGCAGGAAAAGUAUCAACGUGAACAGGAGAAACUGAGAGAGGAGUGGCAGAGGGCUAAGCAAGAGGCCGAGAGAGAGAAUUCCAAGUACCUGAAUGAGGAGCUAAUGGUCCUAAACUCAAACAGCAUUUCUCUGACCGCACGGGAGCCUGCUGUGGCCACCCAGGGCAAAGAGUCCAAGGCACCUGACAGGGAAGGAAGCCCGGCAGAGGAGGAAACGAGGCAGCAGCAGCAAGAGAAAGGUGUGAACGAGGACCAAAGGAAGAAGCUGCAGGGGCAACUGUCUCUUGAGAGGGAGAGGAAACUGAAGGAGCUACAGUAUCAGGAAGACCAGGAGCAGGAACGGCGCCAGGGAGAGGCAGAGGCAGACGGGCAGAAACGCCAGGCGGAGAGCGAGAGGGAAACUUCCAUCAAAAUAUACCAGUACCGAAGGCCUGUUGAUUCCUAUGACAUACCAAAGAGAGAAGAAGAAUCUUCAGGUUUGCUUCCUAGUGACAGGAAUAAAUCCAGAUCCACUACUGAACUGGAUGAUUACCCCACAAAUAAAAAUGGAAGCAAUAGAUAUUUAGACCGAACUGGGAACAGUAGCUCAUCGCAGAAAAGCUCCAAGAAGGAACAAGUCCCAUCAGGAGCGGAGUUGGAGAGACAACAAAUCCUUCAAGAAAUGAGGAAGAGAACAUCCCUUUAUGAUGACAACAGCUGGAUCCGACAGCGCAGUUCCAGUGUCAAUAAAGAGCCUAUUUGCCUGCCUGGGAUUAUGAGAAGAGGUGAAUCUCUAGAUAACCUGGAUUCCCCGAGAGCCAGUUCUUGGCGACAGUCCACUUGGCCCAACCAGCCUUCAGGAGUCUAUGCCACUUCCUCUGUCCAAGAUUGCAGUCGCCUCCCACCUCAGCUGCUGUCCACAUCGAACCGUGCCUACAUGCGGAACCCCUCCUCCAGCAUACCCCCUCCCUCAGCGGGUUCCGGGAAGACCACCGCCCCGUCCCCCAUACCGCGCAGCCAUUCCCCUGCGGUUCCGCAGCCCGGCUGCCAGCCACGCAACAGGUCGGUCAGUGGGAAGCGCAUGUGCUCCUAUUGUCAUAACAUUCUGGGCAAAGGAGCCGCCAUGAUCAUCGAGUCCCUGGGUCUUUGUUAUCAUUUGCAUUGUUUUAAGUGUGUGGCCUGUGAUCGUGACCUCGGAGGCUCUUCCUCAGGAGCCGAAGUCAGAAUCCGAAACAACCAACUGUAUUGCAACGACUGCUAUCUCAGAUUCAAAUCUGGACGGCCAACCGCCAUGUGAUGUAAACCUCCACACGAAAGCACUGUUGCAGAUAGAAGAAGAGGUGGUUGCUGCUGAUAUAGAUCUAUAAAUAUACGUUGUAUGUCCUUUUGCUCUCUUUUUUAAAAAGAAUAAUACUUUUUCUGGCCUCUUUAGAUUACAUCAGAGCAUUAUAGUCUUGGUAGAACCUGUAUUUUUGUUGUUUAUUUAUAAGAAGGUAAUUGUGUGUGGGGAAAAGUGCAGUAUUUCCUUUUUGAAUUCAGCAUUAUAAAAGCACAAGGGAAAAAUAAGAACUUCAAAAUAUUUUUUUGAUGCUGAUAAUCUAGUUUGACUUUCUGGUGGUGUUUUGAGGAGGGUUAUUUUAUUGUGUUUUUUUUAAAGUUUUGGAAACAUUAUUUGAAAUAGUUAAUAUAAAUAUGUAAUUGCCUUUGCUCUGUUUAUUAUAAUGUAUUCUAAAUUAAUGCAGAACCAUACGGAAAAUUUCACUAAAAUCCACCCCCAAAUUUGCUUUCUGUUUCCUUCUUUUCAUUUAUGUAAUAUUAUUAAAAUUUUUUUUAGCUUAUAUGACAUUUUAUUUGCUUGAUGAGGGGAGCUCUGUUUUCUUCACCAGAAUUGUCACCAAGCAAUUCCCAGUAGAAAUUGCUUCUUUUCUUUCGUGGAAAAUCAUCAUGGUUUGUAUGCCAGAAGUUUCCUCCAGAAACUAGUGGGCCUUUCUGUUCAACUGCAUUUGUAAAUAAACUUGCUGAUGCA